CAUCACUUUGCUUGUUCCAGUAAAAUAAUUUGUAAAAAUUUGUUAAGUUCUUUAAUACAUAAUUUCCAGGAUUUUAACAGCUGUUAAGGCGUUGCUGUAGAGCAAACGAUUCUGAGGUUAAAAGCUAAGUGAUAAUGAUUGACUGUUUAUCAGUAGAGAGGUGAAUUAAGAAAAGCAACCCCGUCUGGUACUAAUAGGAACACGGAAGUUAAGUUUUCUGUAGCGCAAACCCAGAGAUACUAAUUUACGUCAGUUAAUUAUGGCCAGCCCUCGCACUAGACGAGUGUUGAAUGAUUUGAAGCCAAACAAUGAUAACACAAAAUGUUUUGAAUGUGGAACCCACAAUCCGCAAUGGGUAUCGGUAACAUACGGUAUUUGGAUUUGUCUAGAAUGCUCCGGAAAACAUCGAGGAUUGGGUGUACACCUUUCAUUCGUGCGUUCAGUCUCAAUGGAUAAAUGGAAGGACAUCGAGCUAGAAAAAAUGAAAGUUGGUGGAAAUAGGAAUGCUCGGGACUUCUUCGACAAUCAAGAAGAUUGGGAUGAUACACUGCCAAUGCAAAAGAAAUACAACACUCGCGCUGCCGCUUUGUAUCGCGACAAAAUAUCUAUACUUGCUCAGGGAAAUCCCUGGGAUCAAGCAACAGCCUUACGGCGGAUUAAAGAAGGGGGGUAUUCAAGUUCCCAUUCGAAUAGCAACAGUGGUUUAACUCACUCAAGAAGCAGUGGAUCUGUCCAAUCAAGUGGUUAUUCUUCGUCAUCCGGCGGUUACCAGAACGGAGCAGGCUAUCAGGAUAUGGGUUACCAGCAGUUCAACACAGCGGAGUUCAAAUCUCAGAAGGAAGAGUUUUUCAGUCGCAAGCAGGAGGAAAAUGCUUCCCGGCCAGAACAUUUGCCUCCAAAUCAAGGCGGCAAAUACGCUGGUUUUGGUUACUCUCGAGAUCCGCCACCGCGAAGUCAAUCGCACGAGUUGUUCGAUUCGGUGCAGUCGUCUCUGGCGAGCGGUUGGAGCGUCUUCUCCAAAGUGGCCAACGUUGCUAGAGAGAACGCGUUGAAGUAUGGAAGCAUAGCGUCGCAAAAGGUAGUUGAGGUUUCUGGUACAGUAACCGAUAAGGUUAAAGAAGGGACACUUCUGGAGGGAGUUGGUUCGCAGGUUUCAAGCCUAGCUAAUAAGGUUGGAGAGGUUGGCCGCAAAGGUUGGAGCAAUCUCAGUGGUACAAGUAAUUAUAGUGCUCCUGGUGGGGGCGACCAUUACGAUUCAUUUCCGUCAGAUACUGGAUCCAACAGUCCCGGCACCGGGUACCAACGGUCUUCUUCAAAUGGAAAGUUAAGCGGCUAUGGAGGCAGCGGCAAUGGAACGGAAUGGAACUCUUGGAACAACGAUAGUAAUUCCAACGCAGUUACAUCAUAUCAAAAUCCGGAAAACGAUGAUCAAUGGAAUGGUUUUGAGUCUCACGUGUCCAAUAAACCAACGAAUGAUUUUGGACAGCAAAAUGCUUCCUUGAUUACAACGACUGCGUCUAACGAUGUUGUAAAUCAGAAUACGUCUAGCUCUAGUACCAGAAGCAGCUUAAAAAGCAAGCAGACUGCGUCAUUGGAAAGUGACUUUGCUUCGUUAGACGUGAAAAGUAGGACCGUUAGUAAGAAAAAUAAUAAUCCUGCCGAAGAUGAUUUAUGGAACAUGUUAAAUAACUAGACGAACUUCAAGGUCGCACGGAAAAGUUUCAAAGGGUUUUAUCAACUUAAUUACGUCACUUGUGCAUGCGUUGAAUGCCAAUGAUAUUUUUUUAUUGUUUUAUUCUUAAUAGAGAUUUGUAAACAGCGCCUAAUAAUUUUACAGCUCUUUCAUAUAUUUGUUGCUUUUAGCAGAAAGAAACUUAAUCUUGAGUAAAAGUUUGUAAAAUUUUAGUCAAAAGUAGAGCAGAUGCUAGAAACAAAUUGUCAGCGAAAUUAUAUAUACAACAGCAGAACAAUAGCAAAAAUGAAAUACAUCAUAUAUUUAUAUAAUGAGCAAGCAGUAUAACCUAAUAGAACAUUCUAUAAACUAUGGUACAUAUAUGUC